AUGAGAUAUGAUAUCUGGAUAUCUUGAGACAUUUUCCACAUUUUUCUUUUGAAAGGAAAUGGUGUGAGCAAUGUGUGCUCACUGUCCUUGACCAUUUAUAUGCUUUCUAAUGUAUAUCUUAUCCACUGUGGAUUUUGUCUUAUUGACACCUUGAUGCCAGACUGACGCUGUCCUGGCAUCCCUGGAGGACAUGGGGGAGAAAUCUGACUACCAGAGGCUUCCAUGCACAGAGGGCAGAGAAGAGGAAGAGAGGCUGGGGAGUAACAUGCAUUCAGAUGAGGGCUCAGAAUGGCUUCUGGAACUCCUGAGCGAAGUGCAGUUACAGCAGUACUUCCUGCGCAUACGCGAUGACCUCAACAUCACGCGGCUUUCCCAUUUUGAUUAUGUCAAGAAUGAAGACCUGGAGAAGAUUGGCAUGGGCCGGCCUGGCCAGAGGCGGCUAUGGGAAGCAGUAAAGAGGAGAAAAGCUAUGUGUAAACGGAAAUCUUGGAUGAGCAAGGUGUUUAGUGGCAAGCGUCUAGAUUCAGAAUUUCCACCACAGCCCCAGAGUACUUUCCGCAAACCUCCAAGCCCACCACCACCAGAAGGUCAGCAAGCCUUGACAUGCCUCAUCACAGAGAAGGACAUCUCCCUCUUUGAGAAGCUAGGAGAUGGCUCAUUUGGCGUGGUCAAGAGAGGAGAAUGGAGCACUCCUAAUGGCAAUUUGUUGAAUGUUGCUGUAAAGUGUUUGAAGACCGAUGUCCUAACGCAGCCAGACGCCCUGGACGAUUUCAUCCGAGAAGUGAAUGCCAUGCAUUCCCUUGACCAUGUAAAUCUCAUACGAUUAUAUGGAGUAGUCCUCACACACCCCAUGAAGAUGGUAACAGAGCUUGCUCCUUUGGGCUCUCUCCUAGACCGACUGCGAAAGAAUCUAGGCUAUUUCUUGAUCUCCACACUCUGUCACUACGCUAUUCAGAUUGCCAAUGGCAUGGCUUAUUUGGAAUCCAAAAGGUUCAUCCACAGGGAUCUUGCCGCCAGGAACAUUCUUCUCUCCUCCAAUGAUUUGGUUAAGAUUGGAGACUUUGGUCUUAUGAGGGCAUUACCUAAGAAUGAUGAUCAUUAUGUCAUGCAAGAGCAUCGCAAAGUGCCCUUUGCCUGGUGUGCACCAGAGAGCCUAAAGACUCGCACUUUCUCACAUGCAAGUGACACAUGGAUGUUUGGAGUAACAUUGUGGGAGAUGUUCACCUAUGGGCAAGAGCCUUGGAUUGGACUCAAUGGUAGCCAGAUUCUUCAUAAGAUCGAUAAGGAAGGAGAGCGAUUGAGUCGGCCCGAGGAUAGCCCACAGGACAUCUACAAUGUCAUGCUGCAGUGUUGGGCACACAAACCUGAGGACAGGCCAACCUUUGUAGCACUCAGAGACUUUCUGGUGGAGGCUCAGCCAACAGAUAUGCGUGCAUUGCAGGACUUCCAGGAACCAGACAAACUGAACAUCCAGAUCAACGAUGUCAUAACGGUCAUCGAGGGCAGGGCAGAGAAUUACUGGUGGAGAGGUCAAAACAAGCGAACGUUGAAAGUUGGGCAAUUUCCAAGGAACGCAGUAACAUCGGUGGCAGGACUGUCUGCUCACGAUAUCAGCCGGCCACUUAAAAAUAGCUUCAUCCACACAGGCCAUGGAGACACUGUACCUGCCCACUGCUGGGGCUACCCGGACCGGAUUGAUGAGCUGUACCUGGGAAAUCCCAUGGACCCACCUGAUAUACUAGGAUUGGAUCAAGGUACUACUCGUCCAACUCGGCUCCCUGGAAGGGCAAAAAGAGAACCCCCACCACGCCCUCCUCAGCCGGCCGCCCUGUUUAAGAAAUCUUCCUACAAUCCUGUCAACGAGGACGACGACUCCAUUUCAUCAGGCGUCAAGAAGCUCUCGCUUAAGAAGCUAACACCAGCCAAAGGACUCAAAUUGGUGAAACCUUCAGCACGUGUGGCUGGCACUAAAGUGACUGAUCGUCAGCACCUUGGCAUUAAAAGCAGUAGUUUUUCUUCGGGAGACGUGGCUCUGAUUGAUUUUGGAGAAGCACUCAGCCCUCUAAGUCCAGGUUUCAUUUCUCCUGUAAUAGAACAGACUGCUCCCUCUUUAGCUAAACUGGCCAUGGAGGCUUUCUCGUUGCUUGACAAGACACCUCCUCAAAGUCCAUCACGCUCCCUGCCCCGUCCUCUUCAUCCAACUCCAGUGGUGGAUUGGGAUUCUAAACCUUUGCCAGCUCCUCCAGCAUAUGAUGAGGUGGCACAAGAUGAAGAUGAUUAUGAAGUGUGUACAAUCAAUAGCACUGAUUCGCUUUCCCGGAGAGAGAAAGUAGCUCUUAAUCUGCUUCAGAAGGCCAGGGAAAAAGGAGAAAAUUACUAUGGUGUGCAGCAGACUGAGCAGCCCCAGGGUAAAGUUAAAGUGGAGGACAACCUCUUUCUACCUCCUAAGGAUGGCAAGCAGCCCAACCAUUCUCAGACAUCUGAGAUCUUUGAGGAACUACAGCAAGAAUGCAUGAAGAGACUCAAUGUCCCAGUUUCUUCCCUUGCUUCCUCACCCAGCCCAAGUUCGUUUGUUACCAGCAUCAGUGUGACUGUAUCAGAGGACAAACCUCAAAUUCCUCCCAGGAUUCCCAUACCUCCAAGACCUGUUAGGCGUAAUGAACAUGAACGCUGGUCUGGAGAUCUAUCUCCAGCUUUUGGAGGAGAGGAAGUGGGAAGGCCGCCACUUCUACCUCCACGUGACCCAAUGUCUCAGCCCACCUCUAGGACACCUAGUCCUAUGUUGCUUCAUGUGGGCUCCCCACAGCAGAGGUCUAACCUCUGCUCUCCAUUGUCCAUAGGUUCUUACCUUUCUACGUCGCCAAGUAAGCCCAUGCCAACCACCCAGAGCUUUGCAUCUGACCCUAAAUAUGCCACCCCAAAAGUUAUACAGGCCCAAGGUAAAGAGGCUCCAAAAGGACCUUGUAUCCUUCCUAUUGUCAAAGACGGUAAGAAGGUUAGCAAUACACAUUACUACCUUCUCCCAGAGAGGCCUUCUUACCUAGACAAAUAUGAAAAGUUUUUCAAAGAAGCUCAAAGCCCAGAAGAUUCUCCUGUCAGCAGGAACAUUACCACAGCAACAGUGAGACCUAUGGUACAGCAGACAGACUAUAAAGCAAACUUUUCAUCCAACAACAGCAACUAUUCAGCCAAGGCUGGAGUAAAAACCUCUUGCAGCUUGCAAAAAAUUGUUUACGAUGGGCCUGGUGGCUUUAGGCCUACAGAAAAAAUCAGACUAGUUCAAGACAUGGUCCAUGGAGUUACCACGGAUGAAUGUCAAGCAGCUUUGCAGAACCAUGGCUGGAAUGUACAAAAAGCAAUCCAGUAUCUGAAGGUUGAGCAGCUCUUCUGUCUUGGACUGAAGAACCGAGUAGAGUGCCACAAAGUUCUAGAAAUGUUUGACUGGAAUCUGGAGACUGCCAGCUCCCAUCUCCUAGAUUCUUAUAGCAGUGGACAGCACAAGUAUGCUCACUUUAGAUUGUUUACUAAUAUUAUCAGCAAAAAGUUAUUAGUGUUAUAG